AUGUCUUCUGCCCCCAAGCCUCGUGUGCUCUUCGUUUUAACCUCCCACAGCGUCCUAGGUGCGACUGGAAAGCCUACCGGCUGGUAUCUGCCCGAGUUCGCCCACCCGUUUCAUGAAUUGCAUGAGGUCGCGGACAUCAUUGUAGCGUCCCCGGUGGGGGGUGAAGCCCCCCUUGAUCCCGGCUCAGUCGAGAGUUGGAAGCAGGAUGAGGUGUCGGUCCAGUUCUUAGACAAUCAAUCCUCUCUCUGGAAGAACACACGCAAGCUCGAGAGUUUUUUGGGCAAGGCCAAGGACUUUGCAGCGAUCUUCUAUGUCGGUGGACACGGUCCCAUGUUCGACCUUGCCACCGAUGCAACCUCGAUCCAGCUCAUUCGGGAAUUCUUCGAAGGCGGCAAGGUCGUGGCGGCCGUGUGCCACGGUCCCGCCGCACUGGUGAAUGUCAAACUCUCGGACGGCAGCUACCUGGUGGCAGACGCAGAGGUGACGGGCUUCUCCAACGCCGAGGAAGAUGCCGUGGGACUGUCCCAGUUCAUGCCGUUCAUGCUGGAGACCGAACUCGACAAACACAGCAAUGGGAAGUACCGGAAAGCAGACAAGCCGUGGGCGGAGUGUGUGGUCGUGGCGAGGGGUGGACGGCUGAUUACCGGCCAGAAUCCUCUGAGUGCCACGGCCACGGGGAAGGUAAUUGCAAAUGCCAUUACCAAGACAUGA